CGAGAUCUUCUAUCACUUAAGCGUGUGCAGUCAUUUGCAGCGCGCUCCCAAGAUAGCUACCUACUCUGCGGAAGCCAAUACUCCAAGCUUGCUAGUCGCUUCUACUCCUCAACAAGAGGCACGUCCUCCAAGGGCUCCAACACUUCUUGCCCCAAUAGAAAUUUUCACUUUGUGACUGUCAUGAACUUGCAAGUCACUUCGUCGCCAGAUAAAAAGUCGACCGACCAACACCAAGUUCACGUUGAGGACUUCCCCAACCCUCAGGCGUUCCUGGACGGUCCAAAAGUAGGACCUGAUUGCUCACAACUCAUUUUCCUCAAGGGUUAUGAGUCCACAGAAUGGCUAAAAACUAUCGGAGCCGCGCUCACAGUCGAUCCCGAGUUCUGGCGGCGCCAUGGUCCAAAUUAUGGGCAGGAGUUCUACGACCUUCCUCUACUUCCCAGCUAUUGUCACGGCAUCGUAAAGCUACGCAUCAUCACAAUUUUGAACUCGCGCAUCGCCGGAACUUCAACAACUGUGGAGAGAUGGCGCGUUGAUGGUAAAGAAAUUAUCAGGCGCCACCACAUUAAACUAGAGAAGAAAGGCUCCGAAGGCGAGUCAAUUAUUCGACAGCUAUACAUGCACAGCGAAAGUGUAUAUACCGUCGAACAGCACAUUUCAUGUACGGUCGUUCAAAAGAACAAUGGCUGGGCCGGUCUAAUAUGGCUUGAUUUUGGCAAGACUCCUCUUCCUUCAAUCCAGGUCUUAUCCAACGAAGACUAUCAUUCGGACAUGCCUGAUUACUGUAUUCCUGUCAUUCAGCCUCAAAUUCCCAAAGCGGCCCUGAUAUACCCUCUUAGCGAAAUUGGACCUGGUCAUUCUCCCAAUGGGCUUAACAGUAGAAUGACGCCCUCCUCCACUCAAAGCGCAUCUCUACUCCCAACCCAGUAUGGUGAGGGCCUCAAACCUCUCAAUAUGCGUAUAUCGCCUUUAUAUGCCAUGAGCGACAUCUUUCGUCAUGCUGCCUAUAGCUCCAAUCAAAUGGUCAAUAUGUUGACGUUGAAUAUCGAGGAGGCUUUGCGGUGGGCACACCGCCAUGAGGCUCUAUCUCUGUCAGAUCUACAAUUUAAAAAGGAUAUACUAGACGAGCAUGCAGCCUACCUUGAGGAGGUUGUGACCUUCCUCAAGGUCGGAUCCAAGUCCUGGACAGUUCUCAAUCCAGACAGCUCGGGUGCGCCGAACGGUGCCGACUCUAGCAAUACAAAACAGUCCACCAGAGAGAAUAUGCAAAAGGCGGAAGAGAUUGCUAGCAUCACCCAGGCUGAACUACUUGAAGACUUCAACGUACUCAUUCAACGGAUAGAGAAACUGGCUGCACGAUGUAAGGAUGGCACCGACAUCAUACUAAACAGGGCACAAUUGCGUGAAUCUCAAAAGGGAAUUGAACAAGCAGCAGAAGUCAAAGUUCUUACUAUUCUAGUAUUUUUCUUUGCGCCUUUGUCAUUUGUUACUUCAAUUUUUGGUAUGAGCUUCGUCAACGUGGAUUGGAAGAUUGGGGUGCCAAUUUAUGUCGCGAUAUCAGUUGCUUUAGCCAUUGGACUAGGAAUAGCCCUUACGAAGCAGGUAAGAUGGUAGUGGAUGGGCCAGAGUUUUUCGUAGCAUUACUAUUAGCCAUAUCCGACAAUGGUACCGUAACGACUUAUAUGUCCUUGCUAUAUAUUUCUCCUCUAUACUUAGCAGAAACAUCAAGACAUUCGGUGGUCUUGGUUUACUGUGCUUUA